AUGAUCGCUGCCUUCAACGGGCGGACGCGGAUUAUCGAGGCUUUGCUCCGUGAUCGGUCCACUGAUGUGCGGCAGACCAACAAGUACCUUGGCACUGCGCUCCACUACGCUGCGCAGCGUGGCCACGCUGCCGCCGUAGAGCUUCUCAUCGACGCAAAGGCUGAGAUCAAUGCCCUGGACCGCCACAGCGACAGCCCCCUGAGCUGGGCAGCACGUAGUGGCCACCUGGAUGCGGUGAAGAAGUUGGUUGAGAAUGGCGCGGAUCCACUUCUGGAUAACAAUGCCAGCGAAGAUCCCAUCGAGCUUGCCAAAG